AUGAACAGAGUAUUCGGAAAGAAGAAAGCGAAGGCGCCACCACCGUCGUUGGACAACGCAGCAGCGGGUCUCGGAGGUCGAGUGACCGCUAUGGACCAAAAGAUCAAUGGAUUAGAGAAUGAACUGCGAGGCUACAAGGAAAAGAUGAAGAAAACCAAGAGUCCAGCUGCCAAGAAGCAACUGCAAAAGCGAGCAAUGGAAGUAUUGAAGCGAAAACGAAUGUACGAACAACAACGAGAUACAGUUGCUGGCCAACAAUUCAAUAUUGAUCAAGCAUCGUUUGGCAUUGAAUCAGCCAAGGCAAAUAUUGAGACUGUGGCCGCCAUGAAGGCUGCGAAUACUGAAUUGAAGAGAACAAUGAAGAACGAUUUGGAUAUUGAUGAAGUGGAGGAUAUUGCAGAGGACAUGGCAGAGCUCAUGGAAGAUUUUAAUGAAAUCAACGAUGCACUGGGAAGAAGCUUUGCCACGCCAGAUUACCUUGAUGAGGCCGAUCUAGAUGCAGAAUUGGAAAUGCUCGAAGAUGAGUUGGAGGAUGACGCUUUGGAGUUGGAGGAUUCAACUCCAGCAUAUCUGCAAGAAAGUAGUAGUAUGCCAGCGGUUCCCGGCAAGGCAUUUCCAGAGGGAGAACAGAAAGAAGCAGCAAAAACGGACGAGUUCGGGCUGCCGGCUGUUCCAAACUAA